AUGGGGGUCUGUUUUUCGUGCAACUCAUCCUCCACAUUCAAGAACAUCCGUGUUGUUCAUCUUAAUGGUUAUGUAGAGGAUUUUGAUCAACCCAUUUCAGCGAGGCAAGUUAUUGGCAAUCCACCAAAGCACUUUGUUUGCACCUCCAUUCAGCUUCUUUGCUCUUCCUCACAACAAUUGAAUGGAGAUACACAACUCCAACCUGGCCAAGUGUAUUUCGUGCUACCAUACUCAGUACUACAACCUGAUGUUUCUCCUGUGGACUUGGCUAGCCUUGCAAAGAAGCUAACCGCAAUAGCCAAAACCAAGCCAUGUGAGUCCCUGAAAGCUACUAGUUCUAUGUCAAGCCAAAAUGUUUGGAGUUCACCUUCCAUGAGUCCUGGAAGAUUUGGGGUGACAGAGCAAUAUGAUAUGAGUAUGAUGAAUAGAGGUCGAAGCCCUUGUAGAGUGCAGCCAUGGAAACCUAUCUUGGACUCUAUCAGUGAGAAGUCACUCACUCGGAGGAGUGAAUCAGAUUUGCAAGAUAAUAAUUAG